GUGAACGUCAAAGCUGUGAAGAGCACGAAAUGAAUGAGACGGUCCCCCUUUAAGGCAGACAAGUUAUUGCUCAUUUGUGCUUAGGUUUUGGUUUGUCGGCGUCUUUUUUAACUACAAUUUUCCUCCCCAGCGUUGCGGGAGGCGCCGAAUGUGCAGCGGUGAAACAGCAGGCCGGUAAAUAGCGGCCCGUGCUGGCAGCGGGUUGGGGCGGGAGGCGCCAUGGCGGCGGGGGGCCUGGCGGGGCUCCUGCCCGCCCAGACCCAGCUGGAGUACGCGCUGCUCGACGCCGAUACUCCCCAGGAGAAGGAGAACUUGGUCUACCAGUACCUGAAGAAGAUGGACAGCCGGGAGCGGGACCUAACGGUGCCCGAACUCGGCGGAGAUCUAGAGUGGUUAAACACUGAAGGUCCUAUUUCUCUUCACAAAGACCUUUGUGGAAAAGUUGUGGUGUUGGAUUUCUUUACUUACUGCUGCAUCAAUUGCUUGCACCUGCUGCCUGAUCUCCACAUGUUAGAGCACGAGUACUCUGAUAAAGAUGGUCUUAUUAUUGUUGGUGUCCAUUCAGCGAAAUUCCCAAAUGAAAAAGUUCUGGACAACAUUAAAAGUGCCAUUCUGAGGUACAAUAUUGUCCACCCUGUAGUAAAUGAUGCAGAUGCAACACUGUGGCGGGAACUAGAAGUGUCCUGCUGGCCAACUCUGGUCAUCCUUGGGCCUCGUGGAAAUAUGCUGUUUUCGCUUGUUGGAGAGGGACACAGAGAAAAGUUGUUUUUAUUUACUUCUAUAACACUGAAAUUCUACAAGGAGAGAGGACAAAUCAAAGAUAAAAACAUUGGAAUAAAGCUAUACAGAGACUCCCUCCCACCUUCUCCCCUGCUGUUUCCUGGCAAAGUGACCAUAGAUAACUCAGGAGAAAGGCUGGUAAUAGCAGACACUGGACAUCAUAGGAUUUUGGUUACUCAAAAAAAUGGGCAAAUUCUACACACUAUCGGAGGUCCAAACAGUGGAAGGAGAGAUGGAAGAUUUUCAGAGGCAGCUUUCAACUCACCACAAGGGAUCGCAAUAAAAAAUAAUGUUAUUUAUGUAGCUGAUACAGAAAAUCACCUAAUUAGAAAGAUUGACCUGGCGUUAGAGAUGGUGACCACUGUAGCAGGCAUUGGGAUACAAGGUGUUGAUAAGGAAGGUGGAGCAAAAGCAGAAGAGCAGCCUAUCAGCUCUCCAUGGGAUGUGGUCUUCGGAAGUUCAAUUUCAGGGACCCAAGAAGAUGAUGUUUUAUGGAUAGCCAUGGCAGGCACUCAUCAGGUAUGGGCACUGAUGUUGGAAGAUGGAAAACUACCAAAGGGAAGUGAUUUAAAGAAAGGAGUCUGCCUUCGUUUCGCUGGGAGUGGAAAUGAGGAGAACAGAAACAACGCAUACCCGCAUAAGGCAGGCUUUGCACAGCCUUCAGGUCUCUCUCUGGCUUCUGAGGAACCAUGGAACUGCCUUUUUGUAGCAGAUAGUGAGAGCAGCACUGUGCGAACCAUCUCUCUGAAAGACGGAGCAGUGAAGCACCUUGUAGGAGGAGAGAGAGAUCCAUUGAAUUUGUUUGCCUUUGGUGAUGUGGAUGGAGCGGGCAUAAAUGCAAAGCUGCAGCAUCCCUUAGGAGUAGCAUGGGACAAGAAAAGAAAAUUACUCUAUGUGGCAGAUUCCUAUAAUCAUAAGAUCAAGGUUGUAGAUCCCAAGAUGAAGAACUGUGCUACCCUGGCAGGCACAGGAGAAGCAAGCAAUGUUAUUGGUUCCAGUUUUACACAGUCAACUUUUAAUGAACCGGGAGGUUUGUGUGUUGAAGAAAAUGGCCACUUAAUGUAUGUUGCAGACACAAAUAAUCAUCAGAUUAAAGUGCUGGAUUUGGACACAAAAAUUCUUUCCAUGUUGCCUAUCCUGAAUCCAGAAGUAUGUGAUGUUCCAGAUAACCUGCCUUUGCAAAAGGAUAAAAUAAGAAGCCUUCCAAAACUGCCUAAAUCUGCACCAAACUUUCAACUUCCUUCGCUAACUGUAGCUCCUGGCCAGACAAUCCAGUUUUUAUUAAAGUUGACUCUUCCUCCAGAUUCAAAACUGAAUGAAGAAGCACCUAAUUCCUGGUUUAUCACAGCAGAAGAUAAUACCUGGUUGCUUCAAGGACAGUGUCUGUCUGGAGAAAUAAAGGAUAUUUCCUGUCAAACUAUCAUUCCCUUUCAGCUACCCAGGAGCUGUCUGUCAGCUGAAGCUAUUCUGGCUGUCAAAGCGUGCCUCUACUAUUGCAGCAAAAGUAGCAGUGCCUGUAUGAUGAAAGGAAUCUCAUUCAGUCAGCCUUUACAGAUAGCUACUACGAACCAAAGCAGCUUGACUCAAGUUGAACUGAUACACACGUUUGUAACCAACUAACCCAAAGCCACCUAAUUUCAGACCUCGUUUUACUAUCCACCAAGCUAAGAAAUAAUAUGCUUGGUAAAAAGAAGUAGAUUUCCCUACAGCUUAACGUGAAAAUUUAACAUCACAACCUCAUUUCUUUUCAUUACAGUAGCAGCAAUAAUACUGUAAUACUCUAGAAUAUAUUGGAUGUGUGCCAUCCUAAGCAAUGAGAGACAAUUUUUAGAGUCCUUUUGAAAGAGCUGGUGUUACUUUGUGAUGUUAUUGUAAGCAGUUCUUUGCACUGUACAUACUGUUAGAAUAGCUAGAUCAUUUUGGACUAAUUUCUUUUGCGCCCAUAAUACAUUUUAAUAGAAUGUCAAAAUGAAUAGUUUCUUUCUUUAGGUGCAGCUCUCGUUUUAUGCAAACUGAGUGUGUUGCUUAACUAGAUAUGACUGCCUUAUAUGAAGAACAUAGUUUCACGGAAAAAUCUCUGUGAAAUAAAGUGUUCAGGUUCCUAUGGAAGAAUUUAAUGCUGAUUUUUAACAAAGAAUGUGCCUCUCUGAUCUGUAUAUAUAAAAAGAAAAAAGAAACCACAAAACGAUGCUGGAGUUUUUCUGAUACAUACCAAUUUACAUUUUAUAGUAAGUGGUAGAUAAUGGUUGAAUAUCUAAACUGCAAAAAUUAAAUGUCAACCAUUUCAAGCAGGAUGAAUCACUUUUCCUUCCUACUUUUGUGAUUUCUCAGUAAACACUUGUCUGAAGACUUCUGUCUUGCACAUAGAUAAUUUUAAGAAGAAUAUUAUACUCUGGAAGUCUGAUUUAGACUUUUGAAGUCACUGUUAGCCCCUUGGUUUGUAGUAGUGGCCACUGAACCAGAGUUGUAUAUUUAAUAAUGGAUUAUCUGCAUUUGCAUUCAUGUUUAGAGGUUCUGAGCUUUUGCUAGAAAACUGGCAACUUAAUCUUUGAGUAAGGUGCUUUAAAACUGUAUUACAAAGCUCUGCCUUUCGUGGUUAAGUGUUUUGCAAGUAAAAUUCCUUCAAUUUGCCAUAGAAAAUAGCAGAAAUACAGGAGGGAGGAUGCAAGUUUUUUACUUGAACUGGAAGAGUUUCCACAGGGCAUAAGUGGUAAUUGGAUUAGACUCUGUGCUCUGGUCAUGAGAGUCAGUUCUGAGAAGAUGAUCUUGUUUUAAGUUGGAAGAUAGUAUUUACACAUUUAUUAUGAAGUACAGUAGUGAAAGAGCUUGUAUUUAGUCUUCUCUAAAACAAUCACCAUUGUUCCUGACACCUGUCAGUAAAUCCCCAGUACGAUUUGUUGUUGCUUUUCUUACUUAAAGGCUGACAGAAAUGUUGGUCAUGAACUCGAGAGGCUUUUGUUUUAAGGGAACCAUAUGGACUGGUGUGGUUUUUCCUUCCAUUGAAAUGCCAGUCUAUCUGCAAGUUCUCUGUAGUACCAGAAAUGGUCAUUAUCUCACCUGUCAGCAAGGCAAGGGCGGAACUGUUAUUUUUCUUGUGUUUGUUUUUUAAGCAACUUUUCUAAUUCAGUGUUUCAGCUGCUUUGGGUAAGCAUCACAAUUCUUACACGCCAUUUGGAGGGAGAAGUUUUUGCUGCUUUGUUCACAAAUUGCAAAUGCUAUUGGAAGGAUGAACAUAAGGAAACUGAUUUGGACAUUUAUCAUUUUUUACGCUUUAGUACAACUUACUCUUACAGAAUUUUUUUGUUUGUUUAACUUUGGAUAGUAGCCAGGAAACCUUAGAUCAGCUUCCAGCUAACCCACAGAUUUUCUGUUGUUUGCUGAAACAAGCAAGCGGACCAAACUGUUACAGUUAUCUUGAACAUAUAAUUCAGCAAUGCUAGAAUGACGCUCUAUUUGUCUGUUUCGAUUGGGUGAGAUCAUCAAAUUCUGCCUGUAUUCCAGUGUUAAAAAAAGUCAACAAAUCUGUUUGUUUAUUGCAACUUUUUAAUUAAUGUAUUGCUGUAGGGGAAAGACUGUGUGUGUAUUCCUAACUUUAUUUAACUAUAGUGUGUAAUGUUUAAAUACAGUAUUACAGAUAUGUUUUCUACCUAAAUGUACCUAUAUAAAUGUGUGUUUAAGUGUCAUAUCCUUUUUAUUUUCAAGUCUCAACAUUUAGUCACUGUAUGUAGACACACUCAGAGCCACUAUAAGCUUAUUAGGAAAGGGUGAUAGUAGGUAGUAGGAAAACCAUUGUGUAAGCAUCAAGCUGAAGUCCAGGAUCAAAUGGUAAAGGACCCUUCAAUAUUUAGUUAUAGGCAAAUUUUAAACAAUUGUAUUUCAAGGAAAACAGUUGCAGCUUUACUAGUGGAGAGCAGGAAUACAUUUGUUUGAACCAGUUUUUUUCUUUAUCUUUUCUUUUAAGUCCAUGUCUUGCAGCAGAUGACUGAAUCUUGUAUAAACCAGGGGAGUGGGGGGUGGUAUACCAUGUCUGUGCUACUGUUACUCUUUCUACAAAGCCUCAGAGCAUUCCUUACUACUGCGCUGUGAUGGCUUUAUGCUAAAGGAGAGGCAGAAGAUAAGAUACCAUCUCAAAAAGACACAAAACCCACUAUUUACAAAGAAAAUCUGUAUAUCCCAAAAUUCUUUCCCCCCAAAUCCGUUAAGUCCUAAAUUCUUUUAGACAAUAACCCCUUUAGUUUGUGAGGGAGAGCUGCUUUUCCUGACUCAGUGGGUUUCACACAGGGACACUGCUCUAAUCAUUCUCCUUCAUCAUCUUAGGAUCAGCUGAUCCUCAGUGUGCUCCAGUUCUCUCUGGUGGGGUUACUGGGGUUCUGCUCCUCGCUCGCUCAGUCUGUGUUCACUGUACCAUUAAUUAUAUAGCCUAAGGCUGUGUUUCGUCUGUCCAAGGAAUAGCAUACACUUUCCUGGAGUCACUCCCUCUGUUUCACUUGUUGUAUACAGACAUUUGAAUGUUCUGUAAUUAGAAAAACAUGUUUUUUAAAAGCUUAUGAUGCUUAGGGAUACUAUUUCCAUUGCUUCCUCCAGGGUUUACAAGAUGCUCUUCCAGUAAAGCAACAAGUGCCAUAAAUGUAACCAGGCAGGCAAACAGAAUAGAGCGUACAAGCUACAGAAGCUUAGUUCAGUUCAGUAGCAGAAAGCAUCUUCAAAAUAUGAUUCAGAAAAAUAGAAAAUGUUACUGCUGUGUCUCAAUACUGAAAAAUCAAAUAUAUUGAUGACUGCUAUCUCUUUGUAUGGUAAUGUAGUUUAUUAGUGUUUCCUGAUACAAAAAUUCUGAGCAGAUUGGUAUGACUCAGCACUCCCAGAUUUGUAUCUUACAGUAAAAGUAUGUAAUUCCAGGCCUUUUCAAAACAUGUCUUUCUACUGACUUUAAUAGGUUUUGCAUCAGACCUUAAUAAACUACUAAAUUACUGUAGCAAAUCUCUAAAGAAUAUUGGUCAUGGUUGUAUUAUAUAAUGGAAACAAGUUCAGUGGCAUUUGCAGUUUAGUUCUAGUGUUUGCUUUCCUGCCACAGCUUUUGGUUUUGAAUGAAUAGAUUAAUAGUUCCAUGAGAUGUUGUUAGAAAUUUUAUUUAAUUACAGUACAACAUUCUUCAUUAGACUAGGAAAAAGAUAAUGUGGUUUUGAAGAGGGAGCAUAGUGUAUUUUAAUGCUUUUACAUGUAGUUUAAAGUCAGUAGUAACUUUCUGUACUUUGUUCCCAUCUGUUGAAGGAAGAGGAGGGAUGCUGGCUGUGUAAACCUAUUGAUGGGCACAUAUUUUAUGCGUACAUUUUUAGUUAAUUCCUUUUGGUCUUAGAUUUGCAAAUGUCAUUUUGGGCUUUUCUACUGGAUGCGCUCCAUAGUUCAUGUUUUGCCUCUCGUGUCGUCUACUUGUAGAACGCUCUGUUUGUGUAAUGCUGUGGUAGUGGCGUGAUACAAAGGAAGUACAGGCCAGACGAGUAAUACAUGAGACAGUAGUUUUAUAGCAUCAUGUAAAUUCUUUAUCUGCUUAGCCUCAGAAAAGGUGCAUAUGGAUUCCAGUACGCUGUAUAUAUUCUUAAGGCAUUUUUUUAUUCCAGUGGGCAAAUCUUGUAGCUCAAACCAUGAGUAAAACUAUUUUUUUUUUUGUAAGAAUGUCAAGAAAAACAUAUUCCUUAACUCUUGCUCAGAGGAGGGGGAUGAUCAGAAUCAAGUGACUUUCCUUCUCAUGCAGGGGCAUGUCCUUCUGUUCCUUUAAUUAUUGGCUGUUUAUUUUAGCAAAGAGAGUUGUAUUAUUGACCACAAAAUCUCUUGAAUUUUUGAUUCCUAACAAGGUUUUCUAAUAAAUGGAAGCUUUAAAUGUCUGACUUUGUAGAGUUAUGAGUGAUAUAUCUAGUUGAAAAUGGGUUAUAGUUUAUCAGACAAUAGCACAGAUUUAUGUACAUUCUUAUGAUCUGUAAUUUUUUAAAAUCACUGUUAUUCAUUAAGACUUACCUCAGAGACACAUUGCAGCUGAAGUCCCACAGAAGUGUGUUCAUAAACUGUGUAUGGCAGACUCAAAAGUAAGUUUUCUUAUUUGUCUGUUGUUCAAGAGAUGCUGCGACAUGUUGUGUAUAUGUGACCUCCAGGCUGCAGUUGUGCUACCUGAGGAGAAUUCGUGCACAGCAGCCUACCAACCACCCAGAGUAACUCUCCACUCAAAUCCGCCAGCUCGGUUGUUCAUAUAAUGAAUUCAAAUUACUGAUUUAUCUUAGCAAAGAUUUAAUAUUUAGAAUUAAUCAUUAUAAUUUUCAUUGAAAAUGGUUUGUCAGGGAUUAGAGGAGGUUCUCUGUCCUGAGCAGGGGAAGUGUAAGAAUGGUGACAAUUAGUUGGAGAUGGUUGUUGGAAAUGUGAGACCUGGUUAUUUUUUCAUUCAACCACUACAUCUGUCUUUGUAUUCUACAGCAGAUCAUUAAUUUAGAAAUGGUAUUUCUAAUAUUUUACAUUCUUUUUUGUUCAUAUAACCAAAUUUCACUACUGUCUUCCAUCAGAAGCAGCUGUUCGUACAUUUUAUUGUUUUUGUACUAUCAUAUGUAAAAUCACUCACUCUUGUUAACGGUCAGGAUUCAUUCUUGCUAAAGAUUCAGCACACCUAUGAUUGAGUUUCUGAGUUUAUCGUAGUUUCUUUGUCAUAGUAUUAUGGGGGGUUCAGUUAGGUUUUUGGGUCUAUCUUUUCCUCCAGUAGUUUCCCUAAGAAUGAAAUGCAGCCUCUAUCUUGUUACCAUGGAGGGAUACAAGUAGGGUAUUUCCCUCCACCAGCUCCUUGUCCCUCCCCUGCUUUAGGGACGGGGAUGUAAACAGCAAGCGCAAUAGGGCUGUCCCACAUAAAGAUAACGUUACCUGGCAGCUUGCUCCGAAAGGGUGCAAAUGAGGUGAGGGUUUCAGGAUGAGUUGCGCCCUAACGCUGCUCCUCCCAAUAGAUAGACCUACUGCAUCCUGGCUUUCUGGGGUUUCCUCCUUCCUAGGUCUCCUUCUCUUUAUGGCCUGUAAAAUCAUGCUCCAGAAAGAAGGCAAGAAUUUUGCCGUUGUUAUUCGUGCAAAAAAUCUACAGUUAAUUGAUUCAUUGGCAUUCUUGAUCUUAAGAUAACCUGGUAGUAAUUACUGGAAUCUAGGACCUAUCUGGACCCUCCCCCGUGCUUGUAGGUAGCAUUAGAAUAAGAUUAUGUCCCCAGGUCAACUUCAUCAAGCUUUACACUGAUGGAGCUACCAUCAAAAUUUUUACCUCUGCCCCUGUCCAGGGAGGUCCUGAAAUUGUUUCUAGAUCUCCCAGAGCAUCCCGUCAGUCCUGAGUAGCCGGUGCAGGGAUUUUGAUGGCUCUUAGUUUCAGAAAAACUUUGACACAAUAAAUUAAAUACUUUGGCUGUUAGGUGAUUUGAAAGAUACCCCAGUUCGCUAUCUUGUUGCAGAUUGUGCUUAAUCAUUUUUAGAGGGUAACACAUUUUUGAUGCAGCUGCAAAACUAGAAGCCUUGGGUGUAAGUUGAGGAGUGGUUGUGCAGCUAUAAUUACUUACUGCUUAGUGUACCUCUUUGUUGCUUUUAAAUGUACCGGAGAACUGUUUGUCCAAUUGCAGGCCCUAGGGCUAAGCAAAAGAAUUGCAAGUAUUUUUCAAGUCUUGCCAAACCAACAAUUUUGAGCUAAAGAAAUCCCACUUGUAAAAAAACUGUUCAUAAGUCUACCUUAAUUUAAUGCUCUGUACUCAACAUGCCUCAGAAGAACAAUAUUCCACACUAUAUUUUCCCCCUUUUGACUAAGUAUUUGGAAACUCAACCCAUCCGGCCAUUGUCAGACUUCACUGAAAGCAAGAUAAUGAUUCGCAAUUAUAUUUUACAUUCAUGUUUUUUAAAAAUAAGAUCUUGUUUUUCAAGCUUUUGAUUAAACUGAAAUACCUGGUUUUGAACCAUCCAUUUAAGGAAUCUGUCCUGAUAACUGGCUUCCAGAUUUAAAAAAUUUGGAAUUGAUAGUGAAGUGGAAGAACAGAAUUGCUAAAUGCUUUAUAUUCUGAAUGUUUAACUAUCCAGUUUGACUUCUAAAGGAGAAUUAGUGCAAUUAAGACUUUCUCGUCUGUAAAUCAUUACUAUUGAUGUACCAUUAAUCAUUGUAUCAUUAAAACCUGUGAUGGAUCUGUGUGAUUUUAUAAAUAAAUUAAUAAAAAUAAAGUAGUUGUAAAACUGCAACUGGGUGAAAUCCAGGUGCUCAGAGGAGAGCAGCAAAUAUCUUUAGGGCCGGUAGUUCAGCCCAAUGUGACAGAAGUUCUGCAUUUUCAUUACAUCAUGGUGGCUGAAGGAAAAAAUCAGUGCCUUCCAUAGCAAUACUUGAAAGUGCAUCUUUACAGACGUGCUGGAGUACUGGCUGAAAUGAGGUGUUUGACCUUCAUGGUUUGCAAGUUUCAGGGUUUUUUAAUUCUCUACUAAUUCUGAACCUGUGAAGAGUUUUCCUUCUCCUUUAUGUUUUUGAAUUAUAUCGAAAUUGAGCUUUUUGUUCGAGCUACUCUUCUUACGGAAGUCCUUUUAAACUGUUUUUUCUCAGUCUCGUGAAACUACCGUUACCUUUUCUGUAGACUUCAGAACAAAGCUGGCAAGGAGAUUUCAAAGGUCUUGCCUUCCAUCUCACCCAUAUCACAGUUUCAGCAAAAUAUUCAUUGAUGUAAAAGGGCGAGGGUGGUGUUUGUUGGUAUUUGAGGGGUGGAAGGUUGGUCUUUGUUUUGGGUUUUUUGUUCCACCCCGUCCUACAGACCAGCAAGGAUUCUUUAGAUGGCAGAAGGUUGUGUGUAGAGGCAGCUAGGAGGGGUCAGGUUCUCCCACUGUGAAACCAUGUAACUUCAUUUAGGUUAUGAUGCUGGGAUGUCUAAAAAUCCCAGCAGUAUAAUACUAGUGAGGAAAGUCACAUUUGAGCACGUAACACCUAAUAAGUGUCUCCAUAUGGUUUAAGGGGAAAUACAAGGGGUUUUUUCUUCCUUGAGAACUUCAGUGUUGCUCUUUGGACAUUGGAUUAUUUUUGUCCGCGCUGAGAUACUAAACCUCUGUUUUUCCAUUACAUGCGAUGCAAAGCCUUUCAAAUAUCUGAACAUUUAAAAGAUGUGGUUUAUGUUUGUUGCUAUGAAAUAUGCGAAGAAUUAAAGCUGAAGGCACUUCAUGUAAAGCUGAUGUAGGUUGUGUAAAUCCUUCACAUACAGCAUUGCCUAAUAGCGUUCGGAACGAUAUUCAUGGAUUAUGAUCCUUUUUAAAUAAAAGGUAAAUGUCCUGUAAUAUUAUGAGAAUAAAUACACUGUAGAAGAAAUGUCAACCUCCGAUAUCAAUUCAGCAAAUAAACAGUGAUUAAAGAAUGUACUAUUUUUCCUGUGAAACCUCUUUCUCCUUGUAAAGCUUUUUCAUGGAAAAAAUAAACAUUUAAAAUUUUA